GCUGUCUCGCCUCCGUCGCGCUGCUUAAAACCUGCCUUCCAUUGCGUUUCUCCACCAGCGGACUAAACCAGGCCCCUCGCAACCCGCAACACGGUGGCCCCCCGAGCCGGGCUGAUUCCCACCACAGACCCCCGACAGGUGUGGACGGUGGUGGGUUGGGGGGGCACCCCCGCAUCUUGGAUGCUGGAUUUACGGACUGCUCUGGAUGUGAUGAAACCCGAAUCAAAGUGCGACACAAACACACGGGCCCGUUUUACACACUGCUGCAACUUUGCGUGUUUUUUUGUGGCAUUUGUGCAGGAGCUGAAGGCAGAUAAUCAGAGGUGAGGCUGGUGGUAUUAUCGUCUGGGGGGAGGGUGACGCGCACUUCGCAGCAAAGCUCCUGCGCUGUCAGACGAGGAAGUGGGGCUUCAUACACGCCCCAUUUCAGCCUGUCGACCCUGCUGCAAAAAAAGAAAAAGCAGCUCAGACCCGCUCAUCAGAUAGCAGCAACAGACUUUAUAAACAUGCGUUCACUUUCGGAUGGACGACACCGGGAAUAACCUGCAGGACGACGCCGAUUUCAAGAGGAGGGAGCGUUAAAGUGCAGCAGGAUGGACAGGGAGCUGGUUCGUCAGAGCCAAUCAGAACAUGGCGAGGCCACCAAUGGAACCAGCCCUCGGACCGCGGCGGACUCCUCCACCCCAACAACCCCCAACCCUCCUCGACUCACCCCCAACCCCAUGCUGUUGGACUCUCCCACACCCACACUGACGCCCACAACCUCCUCGCCUCCUCCCCCUCUCACCCCUGCUCCCUCCGUCUCCGCAACCCACGUCCCCAAAGUGGCGACGACGACGGCGGUGGGCGCUCCAUCUCCCCACAUCCUCAUCCCAGCUCCCCCUAAACUCACCUCCACCGCCACCCCCGCCCUCCGCACGUACUCUCGCCCGAUCCUUCCCUCCCCGUCGGGCGCCCCCAAAACAUCUCCCCCCAAACAAACCUCCCCCUCUCCUCUUCUCCCUCCUUCCUCUCCUGUUGCGUCCAGCACCACCUCGCCUCUCCUCUCUUCUGCAACGCACAGCAGCACCGCCACGUCAACCAAGACCUCCACCAGCCUGACCAAUGGGAACACAAGGCCCGUACCCACGACGACCUCCACACCAAUCACGCCCUUUCACACGCCAGCCAGUCCACCUGGCAGACAGGUAUCACAGGCUCAUCCCGUGGGCACACCUGGUCUUGUGCGAGCCAAUCAGAGCCCCUCCCCUGUGAGGCAGAGGGUAUCCCAGCAGACAUUGCUCCUGGGGAAAGGUCUCAAAGGGUCUGGCCAAGACCAGGUUCUGCUUAGGGCUCAGAUGCUGAUUCUCACGUCUGCUAUGCGACCUUCCCUUUCCUCCUCUUCCUCCUCCUCUCAUCUUUCCUCUAACUCUGCCUCUGCUAAGCUCCAGAGUCUCACCCUGAGGCCUCCCCCCCCCGGGGCCCUCACCAUCCCUCCUUCACUUCGCCUCAAGCCUCCUUGCUCAGCCCCGCCUCCCCUCUCUCACCCUCACGCCCCCCUCUUCCCGCCUCUCCGCCCACGACCACAGCCCUGCGCCACGGAGAGCCCCAACGUGCCCGGCCGCCACCUCUCCGUCCCGCCUCCAACUCUUUACUCUCCGGUCCGAGCCGUCCCUCUGAGACCCAGACUUCAUUCUCCGAACAGUCACAGAGCGGCGUCGCCGCGUCAAACCUCGCCGCUGCAGCCGAUCGCCGCCGCCCCCCCUGCCUGUCAGGCCUCGCCCGUCAGCAGGCCGCUGGCCGGACUGAAGAGCUGCCCGUUGACCCAAACGAUGCUCGGGGGGGCGGGCCAAUCCCAGCGCGGCCCGCUAUCUGUAACCAACCCCAUGUCUGCUUCGUCCCACUUUGAGCGCUCGCCGUCCGCAGCGAGGCAGCUGCAGAUCAUCGCCCUCUCUUCAGGACGCCAAUGCACCUACGCCCACACGGUGCAGUCGGCACCCCCCGUCGCAGAGCCGCCCGAGCCGUCCGGACAAUCAAAGAGGACGUUGAGCGGCGACGUGCUUCCUCUUCCUCUUAACCCGUCGUUGCCAAAAAACACCUCGCCUCCGUCCCUCCUGAGUCCGGCCUCCCCUCCGAGUCAUCCCGGUCCUCUGACACAAACUGUGAGCCAGAGAGGAGAGGGGAAGGACGGCGAGGAGCAGGGAGAGAGAGGACGAGGGGUGAGACAGGGAGUCAGAGGUGAAGCGAGUGUUGGCAAAGACCUGAGGGGGGAGAGAGACGACCAAAGGCAGGAAGGAAGCCUCGUCGGUCGGAAGGAACAGGAAGUUGAAACGGCCGGAGAGGAAGAGCAAAUGGAGGUGACGGAGGAAGGCCGGAGGGACGGAGAGAGAGGCGAGGUGAAAAAGAUGGAGGAGGAAGAGGAAGGAGAGACCGCCAUGGACCAGUCUGAGAACCGGACCAGUCAGAUUCUCCAUCAGUGCCAGGACCCGGAUCCUAUCCCGACGCCAGUUGAAGACUCCAGCGUGGAACCGAAACCCAUCCUGGGUCUCAUUCCUGUUCCAGUCCAAACAGUCCCAGUACCAGUACCAGCUCCUGUACCGGAGGUCUCCGUCCAAAGUCAGAGACUACCAGAGUCUCAUCGGGACCUGCAGUCGGUCCCCCAGGAGGACUUCUGUGAGAACAUGUCAACGCAGUCCGACAACCAGUCAGCGCUGUCCAGCCUCUCCUCCCAGUCUCCCCCCUCCUCACCCUUCGUCACCCCCUCGUCAGAACACCCUCCCCCCCUCCUCCCCGCUCAGACCGCCCUCCCGACCGACCUCAGCCUAUCGCAGCAAUGCGACGCGGAGACGGUCGACGGAGCGGUCGGAGAGUCUCGGCGGCCGGCCGAAACGGAGACGGAAACUCUCGGGCAAUCGGGAGACGAGCCCGAGAGCUUCGACCAAUCGCCGGCCGGCCCCUGGGAGCCGAGGGCGUGGCCUGAGGGCCGGCAGGUUCUGACUCACCUGGUGGAGGGAUUUGUCAUCCAGGAGGGGCUGCAACCAUUUCCUGUGAACCGCUCGUCCCUGCUGGUUCAAAAGCAGGUGAGCAAACCAGAGGAAGUGAACGGGACCAAUGGCAGCGCGGCGUUGCCUGUGACGGACACGACGGACACGACGGACACGACGAAACAAGCGGUGCGCUCCAGCGAGUCGGAGGCCGAGGCAGCCGGAGACACGGACGACCUCGCCGACAGGUCGACUCACAGGGACAGGACGGUGCUGCACUGCCAGUUCUGCGGGAAGAGAGGCCACGCCCACAACUUCAUGCGGUCCAAGCGCUUCUGCUCCACUUCCUGUGCACGCGGGUUUAACGUUCGUCUGACAAAGCGUCUGCGGGCGCUGAGUGCAGGUAGUCGGUCCGAGAGGCCCCGCCCAGUCCUGAACAGGGCGGAGUCUGUUCCUGGCAAGCCUCUUCUCCUGCGACUGACUCGUGAUCUCUGGAGCGCCGGUCGGCGAGAUAAGGAGGGGAAGGAGAAGGCAGCGGCGGCAGACGACGACGAUGAGGAUGAUGAAGAUGAAGAGGAGGAGGACAUGGAGGGAGGAGCGGAGGAGGAGGAGGAGGAUGAGGAUCCUGCUGUUGCCAUGUCGGCCAGGAUGGAGCGUCGGGCGGCGCGGAGAGCGAGGAGGGCGUCGGCUCCGGCGUUGACCACCUCGACCCCCUCGAGCACCUUUAAACCCGCCCCCUCCCAGUGGAGCGUGGAGGACGUCACCGCCUUCAUUCACACGCUGCCAGGCUGCAGCGACGUGGCCGAGGCUUUUCGGCUGCAGGAGAUCGACGGUCAGGCUCUGCUGCUGCUGACCGAGGACCACCUGAUGACCAGCAUGAAUAUCAAACUAGGACCGGCUCUCAAGAUCUGUGCUCACAUCAACGCACUGAAAAACCAGUGAGAGCGAGGGAGAGAGAGAAAACAAACUGAUACAGAGAAAUAACAGAAGAGACAGUCGGGGCGAGAAAACUGAGAAAGAGAGAAGAGAGAGACAAAAGCUGACACCAAGGAUGACAGAACAAAGUCACAAAAAGAGAUUCACGGUAAUUUAUGAGAUUAUAAAUCGAGCUGUGGCCUUAGGACGGGAACAGACGCACGAAGACACCAGAGUCCAGAAGAAAGUUCAUCCGUUUUGGGCGCUUUGACUGUAGCAGGAGACCGGGGGGGCGGGGGGGUUUUUGUAACUUUCUGUACAUUUUUCAUGCUGCUGGAGAGUGUACAUUUGAGCUAUUUCAUGAAGGAUUUUGAACAUUUAAUAUAUAAAAUUUGUCUAUUUAGUUUUUUUAGAACGUGACGUCAAUGACAAAUCUAUCCAGUAGCUAACAUAACCCGUGUGUGUAAAAAUAAUAAUAUUAAUAAUACGUAGACUUUGUAAGUGAUUAAUGAAAGUUUAAUGUUUUAUAUCACUAUAUUCUGGACAACAUGUCUGUGGAUUUUAAAAAAGGUCACUAUCAGGGUAGAGACUGGUGUCUUUAAUCGUCACAUUUUUAUGGUAUCAUGCUUGAAAUUAUUUAAUAAAUGAAUAAUUAAUCAAA